ACACAAGGCCAGAUGGCUCCUUGCUAUAGUUGGUAACGCCUCUGCCGUUUCUCUUUCUGUGAUUCGUGCAGUCCCGGAAUCCUCACCUGUCUGCGUAUUUAAAUACCAUCAAUCCCUCGCUCCAAUCUCCCCAUUCCUAUUCUCUCCUCUUUCUCUCGUUUCCCUCUUUUCGUCUUCUGUCUUUCUGUUCAUUUCUCUUUGUCUGUGGACUAACGACCAUGGUUGUCCUGUCACAGCCUGCAGCAUUAGACCAUUGCUCUUUGAUCAAAACAUGCAAGCCUACCAGUGUUUUCAAAGAAAUUCCAGUGAUAGACCUGAGGGACCCUGAAGCAAAGACCCUCAUAGUUAAGGCCUGUGAGGAGUAUGGCUUCUUCAAGCUGGUUAAUCAUGGUGUUCCAAUGGAAUUCAUGACCAGAUUGGAGGCUGAGGCUUUCAGGUUCUUUAAUCUCCCCCAGUCUGAGAAAGACAAAGCUGGUCCUCCUGACCCUUUUGGCUAUGGAAGCAAGAGAAUUGGAUCAAAUGGUGAUGUGGGAUGGAUUGAAUAUAUCCUUCUCAAUACCAAUCCUCAAGUCACCUCCCUCAAAACUCUUACCAUUUUCCGACAAAACCCUGAAAUUUUCCGCAGCUCUGCUGUGAAUGACUAUAUCCUGGCAGUGAAGAGAAUGGCAUUUGAAGUACUGGAAUUGAUGGCUGAUGGUCUGAAAAUUGAGCCUAAGAAUAUGUUGAGUAGGCUGUUAAGAGAUGAGAAGAGUGACUCAUGUUUCAGGCUAAACCACUAUCCACCUUGCCCAGAGCUACCGGUAUUGAGUGGUAGAAAUUUGAUUGGGUUUGGGGAGCACACAGACCCGCAGAUAAUUUCUGUCCUAAGAUCCAACAACACAUCAGGCCUGCAAAUAUGUCUGAGAGAUGGAACUUGGGUUUCAGUCCCACCUGAUCAGAGCUCCUUUUUUAUCAAUGUUGGUGAUGCCUUGCAGGUAAUGACUAACGGACGGCUGAGAAGUGUGAGGCAUAGGGUGUUGGCAGACUCAUUGAAAUCAAGAGUUUCAAUGAUCUAUUUUGGAGCACCACCUUUGAAUGAAAGGAUAGUGCCUUUAGCCUCCCUGUUGGCAAAAGGCGAAGAGAACUUGUACAAGGAGUUCACAUGGUCGGAAUACAAGACUUCUGCGUACAAGUCAAGGUUGGCUGAUCAUAGACUUGGCCCUUUCGAGAAAACUGAAACUGACGGCCAAUGAUGUAGUCGAAAUUCCCCCAUUUUAAGAGCUUUGCCAUAGUUAAAAACAGGUCCCAAGAAGUUUAUUCUACUUGCACUAGAUUGAAAUCAAAUAGGUUGUUCUUUUCGCUUGAUUACUGUUUAAAUGUAACAACAACCAGCCCCUCUACCAUCAGUGCAAGUUUAUCAUCAUGUCAUCAUGUCUACUGUUUAGAAGCCAUCUGAAAUUCCAUAUGUGACCCUAAAAGUUAUAUACAUGUUCCAUUUGCCUUUGUUUUUCCACUUUCCAACUUCCUUGAUAUUAUUGGACAAACUACUUCUAGUAUCAGUCUCCUCUGACAAAAAAGGGAAGAAAGGAUUCGUUUCGACGAUAUGGGAUUUUGAAUCUUGCUUUAACAUCUGC